AUGCCCAACACACACAUCUCUCACGACGAGUUCUUCAACAAGCUCGGGGAUCUUUUCACAUCUCGUAAAGGCAAAGACCAUGGCUCGGUUUUCCUAACCCAGAAGCGAAUUCCCGAUUCCAGUGCCCCUGAGCCGACGGCCAAGGACGCCUUGGCAGAUAUCAAGGACUCGGAAGGCGGUGCUUCUUACCCCGUCCUUGUUCGCGCCACCAAUGGCAAGUCCGGUGACGACAGGAAGGCAGGGCAGAGGGUAAAGCUAGCCACCGUGGUGCAGUCGGAUGACCUGGACGCCUUCUACGCUCGUUAUGCCGAAAUCUGCAAGGCUGGCAUGCUUGCCCUCAAGCCAAGGGUUCGGACAAAGCGCAAGACCAAGUCUAAGAAGAAGAAGACCGCGGCUUAG